GAACGGGUCUUACACACUUGUUGCUCAUCACUAACAGUUUUUUGUGUCGCUUAGAUUUCGGAUAGUACGCUAAAAAGAGAAGAAGUACGGAUGUAAGACACUGGAGACAAGAUGCAUGUGUGUGUGUAAGGAGUGUGAAAGCGGUCGGUCUCCUGGCGAAGGUUAUUAGUGGGAUCGAAGCAUCUUCUUACAGACUCUUAUUCAACCCACUGGAUGGCACGAUGAACCCCGAGACUCAGUAUGAGGACUCAGUGUCCAUCAUGGUUCUGGAGAACAUCAAGAACAAGCUUCUGCAUGCUUUCAGGACAACUGCGGAGCCGAGAGCGUCUCCUGAAAAUAACGAAGAUCUGACAAGCACUGACAGAAGCUUCCAAGCAAAUGAAGAAUUACGUAGAGCUAAGAUAGAUGGAGCAAUCACAUGGUUACGAACUGAACUGUUGGAGAUGCGUUCACAGGACCGGCAGCUGGCACAGACCCUGCUGAGGCUCAACUCUGAGAUCCAGAGACUGAGACGAGAAGGUGGUCAUCUUUUACUGGACUCCAAUCAAACUGAUCAGCACUGACCCGACAUAUGACAAACCAGAGAUGUUCAAUAACUGAAAACACAGACAAUUCUGUCUUACUUUCUCUAUUAUUCUUAUGAUUAAAAUAGACCUGAGACUGUUUGCAUGAGCUGCUAAUGCCAAAAAUUGCCAUCUUUUUUCCUAAAAGAGACAUGUUCUGCAUGUUAUUGUGUUGUUGCACGUUCAGCAUCUAUAGUUUGUGAGACUUAAGUUGCUUUAAGAGAUAGAAGUCAGUAUAAUUAUUAAAUGUCUGUGUGAAUUAUGAAUGUUUGGACUUUCUGGUAAAACUACAACCUUGCUGGACCUGAAACACAGUGCAUGUCAUAACAAGUGGUGGUAAAUAUAUAUUUACAAAGGAGUCAAUAUUCAUAAUAAUAAUGUAUGUUUUUGGGAUGUUUUGUCCCAAAAUGAUCAUAGACUAAAUGUACAUUAUUCAUAAAGCUCAUUAAUUCCAUCCAUGUAAAAGGUCCAAAAUAAAACAUAAAAAUAAUGAUACAUUUGGAGACAUGCUAAUUAAAUGUGGGAAAAUGUAUGUUUAUCAAAUAAAGAAGGAAUUCUUAUUCUUAAGUCAGUUCUCUUUAUACUCUUAUAUAAGUGGUUUUAAUAUUCUGAUCAUUAGCUAUGCAUUGUAUUUUAAACAAUUCCCUAGUCUGUGUCACUAACAGCUAGUAUCAGCUGGUUGACCUCUAUAUAAGGUUAAGAGAAUUAGUAAACGCUGUGGUCUACAUGCAGCAGAAUUAGAGUAUAAACAUAUAGAUGCAGUCGUAGUGAAUACAUGCAGUUCACUAUAAUAGUAUUUUUUAUAUUUUAUAUGUUCUAAAGAUACAAAAUAAAAUAGCAAAAUAAAUGUACGGUUAGCAACAGCAAUGUACUGUUAUUUUUAGUGUGGAUAACAACCGAUAACUGUCCUUUUAUUUGGCCUGUAAAUCCUGCUAAAGGUCAGAAGAAAAUUAACUGUGGAGACACCGUGGAGAACAUUUACUGGCCAUUUAAAAGUGUUGAUUACCAAUGUUAAAUGCUAAAUAAAACCCUCUUAAAGUUUAUAGUAAGAAAUUGUGAGUAAGGGAUUUGCCAAAACCUUUCAUAAUUGUGUGGCCAUGCCAUGCCCAGUAAAUUAAAUAGGGUGUCUUCAAAGGAAAGGAAACUUUAUUAUUUAAUAUCUGUAGCUACGUUGACAAGUCUAUGAAUUCAAUCUUUAAUCUGCACUUGCAUUUUUGUCCCAUUAAACCAUGUAAAUGAAAAUAAGUGUAACUUUUUUUUUUACACAUUAUAACCAACAUCAUCAAAGUGAUAAUGACACAAAAUUAUUAUAUCUAAUUAGCAAAGUACCUGGUUUGGGUAUGUAACCAGCCCCUUAUUUACUUACUCAGGUACAACCAAUCACCUUUCAGAUCACACACCAGGCUAAUUGGCCCACACCUGGCAUCAGAUGUUGUGGUUUUAAUUACUUCAGAAUAAAACCUGCUGUUCCUUGAGGAUUUCACUACUAGUAGUACUGUAUAAGGUAACACAAAAAUUCACCAUGGUUGGAAAGAUGCUUUCAAAACGCACAUAUUAGGUGGAUACAAAAAAAUUUAACUUGUCUAUCAAGAAGUGGAAAGUGUGUGGCAUCACCAAUGCCUUACAAAACUGGAUAACCUAACCAGAAGGAAAUUGAUCAGGGAAGCUACAAAGAGGCCAAUGGCAACUUCAAAUUACUUUUAAGUAUGAUUGGUUGAGAUUGGUCAGUCUGUGAAUGUGACAACAAUCUCUAAAGAUUUACACAAAGGUAGCCUUAUGGUAGGGUGGCAAGAAAAAAGCUGCUCCUGAAAAGUGCCCCACUGAAGACCUGGAUGAUUCUAAUGCCGUUUGGCAAAAGGUUUUCUGGUCAGAUGAGAUUUAACUUUUUGGACAAAACUCAAAACAGUAUGUUUUGAAAAAACCAAACAUUGUCACUGAAAAUGCACCAUACCUACCGUGAAGCAUGGUAGUGGCAACAUAAUGUAUUGGGGAUGAUUCUCCUAAGCAGGAACAGGGCACUUGGUCAGGACUGAAGGAAAAAGGUGACUCUACAAAGUACUAAAAUAGGGGACUGAUCACUUUUCCAUCCUGGGUAUUCUAGUUUAUUUAAAAGGUUAAUAUUUAGAACUGUUUCCUUUAUUCUCAUUACUUGAAUGCUGUAAGUCAAAAUGUGUAAACAAAACUGGAGAUAGUUUUUUGUGAUUAUUAU